CCUGUGACGUAACCCGGAAGUAACGGGCCCCGCAACGACGAACCGGCCCCACAAGCGCGAGCGACAGACGUGUCGAGCGAUGGACGUGAUGGAGGACGCGCCCCGCGCCGACGACGAGGAACGUUUUGAGGAUGCCUACGAGCGCAUUCCCACCGCAUGUCACAUGGACCUGCAAUCGGCCAUUCAGGAGACUCAAUGCGCCCUCAACCUGGUCCUCAACAACAAGUUCUCCGAGGCCCUGGACCUGCUGAAGCCAUGGUGGCGCGACAGCAUGUACCACGCUUUGGGUUACAGCAGCAUCUUGGUGAUGCAAGCCGCCAUGACCUUUGAGCACAGGGACAUCCAGAUGGCCAUGGCAACCAUCAAGGAAGCCUUGCACACCUGUCAGAGGUUUCGCAAGAAGAACUCGGUGGUGGGAUCGCUCUCCGGUCUCAUCAACAGGCAGUCCAACCUGCAGGAAGAGGAGAUGCACGCCGAGCUGUGCUACGCCGAGUGCUUGCUCCAGAAAGCCACGCUGACUUUUGUGCAGGACGAGAACAUGAUCAGCUUCAUCAAGGGGGGUAUCAAAAUCCGAAGCAGCUAUCUCAUCUACAAGGAUUGUCACAACGUGCUGAACGCGGCAAACGACACGGACAGCCAGUCAGACUUGCACCGGCAGUUUGAGGGCGGAGUCAAGUUGGGCGUGGGCUCCUUCAACUUGAUGCUGUCCCUGCUCCCGCAGCGGAUCCUGAGGCUGCUGGAGUUCAUCGGCUUCUCCGGGAACAGGGAGUUCGGCCUGUCCCAGCUGCGAGAGGGAACGUGCGGCUCCACGCUGCGCUCCAUCUUGUGCACGCUGACGCUGCUCUUCUACCACACCUACGUCUCCCUGGUGCUGGGAAGCGGCGAAGGAAACGUGGCGGAAGCCGAAGCUCUGCUGGAGCCGUACCUUCUCAAGUAUCCCAAAGGCGCCAUCAUUCAGUUCUACUCGGCCCGGCUGGCCGCGCUGCGAGGACAUUUUGAAAAGGCGUGCUUGGGCUACCAGGAGUGUGUGAGCAGCCAGCAGGAGUGGAAGCAGAUCCACCACCUGUGCUACUGGGAGCUCAUGUGGACGCACACGUACCAGCAGGAUUGGCCGCAGGCGUACCGCUACGCCCAGCUGCUGUGUCGCGAGAGCCGCUGGUCCAAGGCCAUCUACGUCUACCAGAAGGCCGCCAUCCUCAGCAUGAUGUCAGAGGAGGACGUGAAGAAGACGGGCGAAGACGUGGUGGAGCUCUUCAGGUGCGGGAAACCGACUUGCUGGCUUUCGACUAUUGUCGGAUCGUCGCCAGCUCGGCGGCCUUUUUUGUGCUUCUGCGCCUGCAGGCAGGUGGAGGGGCUCAAGCAGCGGCUGGCGGGAAAGUCCAUCCCCACCGAGAAGUUUGCCGUCAGGAAAUCUCGCCGCUACAAGGCCGGCCUGGUCCCGGUGCCGCUGGUGCUUCCUGCUCUGGAAAUGAUGUACGUUUGGAGCGGCUUCACCAUGGUAGCCAAGCGAGCCGACUGCAGCGAGGCGCUGCUGGUGACCAUCGAGGCGGCCGAGGAGCAGCUUCGACACGACCCCCAGCCGUCCGAGUUCCACGUGGACGACACUUGUCUGGUGCAGAUGUUGAAGGGUCUUUGUCUCAAGCACGCCGGACGCCUGUUGCAGGCCGAGCUCUGCUUCACUCACGUCCUGUCCAGUGAAAAUCGCAUCCGCUAUGAUCACUACCUGGUGCCCUUCACGUUGUACGAGCUGGCCCUCCUCUACCGACAGCAGGGCGACGAUGCCAAGGCUGCCGCCUUCAUGGAAAAUGCCAAGAGCAACUACAAGGACUACUCCAUGGAGUCCCGUCUGCACUUUCGUAUCCACGCGGCCCUCGGCAGCCUGAAAAGUUCGCCUGCUGCCACCCCGUAACGGCCAGCGUCUCUCUCGGUCAAGGCUGAAUUCCAGAGGACCUCCACCUAGACACAUUGUGACCAAAAAGUUCAGGCAGCUUGAUCCGAGACGGACGGAUCCAUUUAAAUGGGCGGGCGUGGACUCCAAUUUUGAUUGCCAUGAAAAACAGAGUGCAUUCUUCUUAUUUAUUUCUUUUCAUUUGCCUUCCGCUUCCAUUCAUUCCACACAGCCGCCAAUCAAAACCAAUCAGCACUGAUUGGCUGCCGUGUCAAAUGACCUCCGCGCGGCGACGCGAUGAAGACGGGGGGGAAGACGUUUUCUCCUACCUCUUUAUUUACAACUUGACGUCUUGGCAUUUCGUCACGUUGAUAAUCCGCGCACGACACUCGCAUUGUUAUUAUGUUAGGAAACACAUGUGCUCUUAUAACAAUUGAUAUGUUCCGCACUCCCGGCCGCCUUAAACACUCCAACUGAGGUGUUUAAAUUAUUAUUUUUUUUAAAUCCAGAACCACGUAACAGUCACCUGACGUGUCAAGCGCGCCCACACAGUGGAAUGUUUACGUGACGUGCUGACUGUCCCACUCGGAAAACACUUUAUUUCGUCAUCACUAUACAAAUAGAAAUGUGUGUGUGUGCGCGUAUACAUAUUGUGUAUAUAUAUAUAUAUAUUGUGUGUGUGACAGGUCAGGAAAGAAGACUAAAAUUAGAGACAUUAAUUUUCAAAGCAGUCUGAUAAAUGUGUGUCACGUUUCUUUUCUGUGCCUUUUUGUCAUUCAUUGACAAAAACUGCCUUCACGGGAUUUUGUCAACAAAUGUCGUCACCGUGACAUGACUAAACCUCUUGUUGGCCUCCAACCAAACUUUGCAGCAAGCUAAGCUCGUAGAUACCUACUCAAAUAAGUCCAAUGAGUAGGUUUCUCAAAGUACUUCAGGCAGGAGAAAUCGAAUGGCCAUGUCACCAAGUCAGAUAUGGUGAAUUUGUGCAACGCAAGCGCUUUAUUCUUUCUAUUUAUGUUGAAAUGGGUUUUCAACACAAACACUAUUUGACGUUGACUUGAUUUCAAGAAAUGUUCUCUGGUCAUUUGAAGGAAAACCAAAUAAAUCCAUUUCAGACA